CCUCUGCGGUCCGAACCGAGCCGGGCUGCUGGAGGUGGAGUCCAAGCUUUACCCAAACUUUAGGACGGGGCGGUACAGGGAGGAGCAGCACAGAGACUUCCUAAAAACAGGUUCCUGUCGUCUGCUCACGCAUGUUGUUCUUCCUCAAGUUCUAAAACUCCAGCAAGAACCGAACUCGUCCAGACCUGGCCCCUUAAUUUUCACUCUGGCCGCUGAUGAACGUUUGCCUUACCAGUUCUAGACCUCCUGGAUGGAGACAGACCGUCUGCUGACCGGGGCUGAGGACCAACACAGCGGGGACUAUGGCUCUGGCCCGGCCAGAAGCGGCGGAGAUUCGCGGGGAAGCAGGCGGAUGUCUUACUCUACUGCUGGGGACUACUGCCGUUUGGACGGAGAUGAUGAGGACCUGUACAUCCAGCAGGCAGUUGUUUUUAUUGAAGAUGCCAUCCAUUACCGCUCCAUCAACCACCGGGUGGAUGCCGGGUCUCUUCGUCUCUAUCGAUGGUACUACUCAAGAAUAUGCCAGUGGAUCUUGGGCACCAUCAUUGCAGUUGUGCUGUUAUUGGCGUUUGUAGAACGUCCUUCCUCCCUGUCCAUCUCUUCAGAUCCCCGCCACCAAUCCAACCGAUGGGAACCUCCCUGUGGUGCCCCAGAGAGCGUCGAGAUGCUCUGUCUCUUCAUCUUCUGCCUGGAUCUUGCUGUCAAAAGCUACCUGAUUGGCUGGGAGGAAUUCAGGAAGAGCAAAUGGCUGAUCAGCUACACUGUAGUCAUUUGUGUUUCUGUCGUUGACUGGGUGCUCUCUGUCAGCAUGGAGUGUGAUGAGAAAUUGAGAGUACGACGGCUUGUCCGGCCAUUCUUCCUUCUGCAGAACUCCUCCCUGAUGAAAAAGACACUGAAAUGCAUCAAGAGAACCCUACCUGAGAUUGCUAGUGUGAUUCUGCUGCUUGCUCUGCAUCUCUGCCUCUUCACCAUGAUCGGCAUGCUGCUGUUUGCUAAAAAUGCAGAUCAAAAGAAGAAUGGUGAGUGGGAGUUACAUUUCAAGAACCUGACCACCUCCCUAACUUCUCUGCUGGUGCUGCUCACCACAGCUAACAAUCCUGAUGUCAUGAUCCCUGCCUAUUCCCUCAACCGAUGCUACGCCAUUUUCUUUAUCACCUUCAGUAUCAUUGGAACAUAUUGUCUGAUGAACUUGCUGACCGCCAUCAUCUAUAACCAGUUCAGGGGAUAUUUACUGAUGUCGGUCCAGACAUCCAUCAUUAGGAGACGGCUGGGGAUCCGAGCUGCUUUCCAUGUCCUUAGCUCUCACAGAGCACAGACAGAAACACAAGAACUUGUGAGAGUCGAUGCUGUGCUUCAGGUGAUGUCCAGAGUCAACAUGAAGCACUUCUACAAAUCAGCCAUGACAGCGGCAUCGCAGCAGUUUGCAGAACAAGGCUACAUGGAUCAACAGCAAUUCAGGAGGAUAUUUGAUGAACUGGAUAAAGAUUGUAUCAAGGAGCAUCCUCCUUUACCUCAGUAUACAUCUGCAACGCUGCAAAAACUUCAGGUGGUCUUCAGUCACUACUACCUCACUGUCCUAGGAAACCUGGUGGCACUGGCCAAUGUCUUAUGCAUAUGUACUAUCCUGGUUCUGAACUCUGAAAAGUCAACUGAAGAGAGAGACAACAAUGUCUUAGAGGUUAUCAACCUCUGCUUCAUCCUCUUCUAUCUUUCUGAAAUGAGCGUCAAGAUAUUUGCUUUUGGAUGGAGGGGAUACCUAUCCUACAGGAGCAACAUUUUUGAUGGCUUCCUCACCGUUCUGUUACUGAUCCUACAGAUUGCUAUAUUCAUCACCUACAGGCUCCCUUAUUCCCAGGAGCCUUCAUCUCGUGGUGUGAUGUCUUUGUGGGAGAUGGUUCGCCUGGUUAACAUGCUGAUUGUCUUCCGGUUCCUGCGCAUCAUCCCAGAUAUCAAGCUCAUGGCUCUGGUUGCUAGUACUCUGCUGGAUCUGGUGAAAAAUCUCCGAGCAUUUGCUGGGAUUCUAGUGGUAGUGUACUACGUGUUUGCUGUAUUUGGGAUCUGGCUGUUUGAGGGUGCCAUUAAACCUCCUCCACAAAUGAGUGUGUUCUCCAUGGACAACACCACAUCUAACUUCAGCACAGCGUGUGGCACUUACGAACAGCUGGGAUACUGGCCCAACAACUUUGACGAUUUCGCUGCAGCCAUUAUUCUGCUCUAUGAUGUCAUGAUCGUCAACAACUGGCAGGCCUUCAUGGAAGCAUACAGCAGAUACACAUCAGAGUGGUCCAAGGUGUACUUUGUGUGCUGGUGGCUCACCUCCUCUGUGAUGUGGGUCAACCUGUUUGUGGCUCUCAUUCUGGAGAACUUCAUCUAUAAGUGGGACCGUAGUCACAGCUGCUCUGUUACAGAUGUGGAGAAAAUCCGAUAUGAAACUUCAGUCCAGUUCAUGUUCAAAGAACAGAUCCAAGAACCAACUGAAGAGGAAUUAGCUUGCCAGUUACACCAGCACCCUCACCUCCACCUGGAAUGGAGACAUGAACAUCAGAACAUUAGGCCCUCUCUGCCUUCUCUGAGGCCCUGAAGCUGCUGGUGGAGUAGGAAGGUGUUCAAAUAAAUCAAAAGUAGACUUUCCCUUCAGAAGAACUAAGCACAAGGAUUCAACUGGAGGUUUACUUUGAAACUCAAACCAUUAAUUGGGUUAAUUCAAGAGUUUUGAAUGUGUAGGUUUUUUGUUUUUUUCUCUCUACAAAAAGUUGCUGUACCAAAUCUGUCAUUUACAGAAAAGUAAGCCAUAUUUUCUCUUUUUUUAUUAAACUGGAGUCGUUUGAACAAUACUGAACCAGGAGAGAGAGCAGAGGAGGAUAUGGGGAUGUGGUGGAGGUUCAGAGCUGCCAUGGCCUCUUGAACCAUUAAGACUGAGAAGCAGCAGUAAUUCCUCUGCCAGGCGAGAAAACGGGAAGGCCUAUUUCCUUAGAGCUCUGACUAUAUCCAAACAGCACUAAAUACAAAAUCAGUUCUCUGAUUUAUAGUUCAUUCACCAACAUUCUUGGUGCUGAUUGAACCCACUGUGGUCACCAUGACAUAAAUUACUCUGCAAAGUGCAAAAUAUUUGACUUCUGCACAGCACAACAUGCCUGAAUUAAAGUAGCUGCGCAAACCGUUUUUAACUCGACUUAUGACCUUUCUGUCGGGUCAGAUUCUAAUACAAUUGUCAGUGUUCGGGCCAUCUACUAUCAGAUAAGCCCAACUCAGUCAGAUACACCCUGCAGGGUCACGGCUUGGCUAAAUCAAGCGCUCCCUCUAAUGUGUUGCAGGCACAAACAUGUUAGAAUUGAUCCAACAUUUACAAAAACAUGUCAUCCAAAUUUUGUUUUCUGGGCAUAGAAGCCACUGUGGCGUCAGUACUAAAACAAAUAUUUAAACAAAUCUGAUCAGAGAUUCUUUUCAGCGACAGUUGUGUCUUUAGGUUAGACUACAGUCCCAGAUUUCAUAGUUCUGCAUUUAGGAACAAAAGUACCCUGACCCCUAAAAUGGUUUUAUUUUACCUUGGAUGUAUUUUAGGUAUUGCUGUAAAUAUAUGAAAAGGAAUUAAAUCAGAUUGUUUAGUUUAGUUUGUAAGUACUGCUAAAAACUUAGUCGUUUUUCUAAUUUAUUUAACGUUUUUCUAUUUAUUAAAAUAAUGAGAAUAGAUUACAUUAGCCCGCUUGUGUAAGAAGCUGCUGGAUUGUUGAUGUGAUUGGUCUGAUUGCUCGUUCUAGGAGGUUGGCUGCAGUCAGCAUGCUCUACAUGUGGAAUGAAGGGAGUUUCCAGGAUUUUGUAAAUUAUAUCAACAGGAUGAGAAAAACAAUCCAGGAAACACCUUGAUUUGCAGAAUAAAUAUCUUGGCUUGUGGCUGGACAAUAAGCUGGACUUUACAAGCAACACAAAGCACCUCGCCCAGACCAGGAUGUACUACUGAGAUCCUUUAACAUCUAUGAAAAGCUGCUGGGGUUGUUUGACCAGUUUGCUGUUGCCAGCAUUUAGUGAUGCGCUGUGGUAUGCUGGGGUAGAAGCAUCUCAAAGGCUGACCUUUCCAGGCUGGAGAAACAAAUCAAGUAGGCUGGCUCAGUGGUCGGUAUGAGGCUGGACUCUGGCAACAGUAGCAGAGAGGAGAACGUUGCAGAAACUCCAGGCUAUUAUGGACAAUGCCAGCCACCUUCUUCAUUCUGUCAUCAGCAGCCAGGAAAGCAGGUUCAGUAGGAGACUGCUUCUUCUAAAGUGCAGGACCAACAGACUGAGGAAGUCCUUUGUCUUUUGUGCAAUGAAAUUGUUCAACUCUUCACUGGAGGUUAGAAGGAAGGCUAACAGGAGUACAACAAAAACAGUGGGACUAUAGAUGUUUAUGUAUUUUUUAAAAAACAACAUUAAUUUAAGUAUUUGAUGUAUGGGUGCUCUGCGACAGAUGGGAAUUACAAUUUCCCUAAGGGAAAAUCCUAAAGGGAUUAAUAAAGUUUCUAUCCAUCUGUCUGUCUGACUGUCUGCCCGUCCAUCAGGUCAUCCGUCAGUCUGUCUAUUGUUAUCUAAUCUCAUCUAUCCAAAGCAGGUUGAUUUGUCAGACAUUGCUUUCCCAAGUACUAAUGUUUCCUUUUGGAACAUGGCUUAACACUGCGAAAUGUCAAACACAGAUCUAACUUUCCUAAAACACAUUUAAUCAGGGCUAAAAUGGAAAUCCCAUAUUCUCAAUCUGUGUGUGACGAUGUUUAAUGUAUGCGUGUUUGUGUUAGUAUUAUUAUUUCUGGAGAAACUAUAUGUUUUCCCACUUUGGGCAUUCAGGGAGGGAAUUCGUUUGAAGCAGGGUUCAUUGGUCCUGCUGAGGUCUGGGCCCUGCCCUUUCAAAUCACGGAUAAACUUUAUCUGAAAAUCUGAUAUCUGCAAGAACCAUUUUACUCAACUUGUAUAUAAAAAAAACAGAGUUCA